CUGUUGUAGUUUGGAUGUUCAUGUACUAGUGAGUCAGAUAGUUCAUCAUGCUGCUGAUUGGGUGAAAUUGCUUGGUAGUGGGCUACUGCAGGAGGCACGUUCUCGUCUUCAGUAUGUUCUACACCAAGUCACCGAAGUGAAUGCUGCACUUCACCAGAGUCCUGAUGACCUUUCAUCACUGACAGUGGUAAUGCGGGCAGUGGGACGAGUCAGCUCAGAGCAUGCAAAUCUCCACACUUCUUUGCUUGAUGUUCGUCAGAUGUUUCAUACCCUUCAUGUUUAUGGCAUUGAAGUUUUAGAAAGUGAUCAUGAGGGGUUGGAGAAUACUGCAGAGCAACUUGAAGUGCUCCAUCACAGUGCCAUUACUGUGCAGAAGAAUGUUCAACCUGUACAAGCAUUCUUCCUCAGUAACACCAAGAAGAAGGUGGCAGAGUUCAGGGAAACUGUGAAGCAUUUUCAUGACAAGUUUGUGACCCAAGGUCCAGGUGCUGUUGGUGAUAACUUGGAUAAAGGUGUUGAACUAUUGAAGGAGUACUCUGAUGAAGUGUUAGUGUUUCUUAAACAACGACAAGAACUGGAUGAGGAGGAAGACAUAUUUGACUUGGCAGCAACACAGUAUCCAGGACUUGACAAUGCCAUUCUCGUUUUGAACCAGUUGAAAGAUGUUUUUAAUAUCUACCAGCAACUAAGAAGCAUAGAGAUGACAUGGCGUACAAUGAGAUGGAGUACAGCUAAACUAGAUGACCUUAGGAGCCAAAUUGAAGGAGUACAGAGAGCCCUGUGUGAAUGUACAGGCGCACAGGAAACACAUGUUGGCAAAUCUUUGCAGCAACGCUUAGAAGAUCAUAUUAAUAGUCUUGAAGUGAUUGCUGUGCUCAGACAACCAGCAGUACAAACAAGACACUGGCAACACCUUGUUGCUGUUGCAGGCUGUGGCAAUAAAUGGGCCUCUGCCUCUGCUGUUAGUGGUGUGAGUGUGUGGGAUGUACUGGAGCUGCGGCUGUCACGUCACCCGCUGCUCGUUGCUGCUACUGUUGCUAGUGCUGUUCGAGAAAGUCUGUUGAAUAAUCAGAUUAAAGAGAUAACUAAUUUCUGGCAGAGAGCACGGCUGUGUGUUAAAACAUUUUCAGCUGUGUGGAAAGUUGAAGGUCUACAUGAGCUUCUUUCACACCUCCAUCAUCACAACCUUGCUCUUAGAGCACUGAGGAGCACAAGGUAUUGUCAACCUUUUGAGCUUGAAGCCAGCAGACUGGCCAAGAAUUUGGUGAUGGUGGGUGAUCUUCUAGAAGUGUGGCAGGACACUCAGAAAGAGGUUUCUCUCCUCUUGUCACCUACUGUGAGUCUCUUGAUGGAUGAUGCUGCAGAUUUACAAGCAAGGCAUCGACAGCUGCUGGAGAGGACAGAGAGGCGAGCAUUUGUCUUAGAACUUGCUGGCAACAAGAGUUAUAUUCAAGAGAUUUCUGAUUUAAAAUUAUAUGCUGAGUCCCUAGUUGCUAAGGUGUCUUUAGCCCUGUCUCGCCCUCGGCACCUCUGUCCACGCCUCCACCUUCUCACAGACCGUGAACUGAUGUCUUUGAUGGCAGAGCCCACUCCUGAAGUGUUAAAUUCUUUUGCCCAUAAGAUUUUCAACAAUGUAGCAUCAAUAAAAGCAGCCAGUGAUUUUGUAACUGGCUUAGUGAGUGAAGAAGGUGAACAUCUUCCCUUUGCUUGCCAUGUGCAUGUGGGUGAGGAGAGUUUGAGUGUGGGUGCAGCCAUGCAGCAGCUUCUAGAUGCUUCACACACAGUCAUGAAGACUGCUGUGCAAAAAGCCAUCGAAGAAUUGGGAAAAGAAGGAAAGCUUCCACGGCAGUUGCUGCAGGAGGUUCCAGUUUCAGCGGUAAUUGUAGCAUGGCGGGUGUGGUGGGCAGCUUGUGUCAGUCUGGCUUUUCACUCCUAUGCAAAGGGAGCCCGGGAAGCCUUACGUCAAAAAUUGAUGAAAAUCCACGAAGACAUUGGAGUUCUCCUGGCAGUAAUGGGAAGAGGACAACAACAGGAGGAUGAAAAUGAAGAGCAGUAUCAAGAGGAGCCAGUUUUGCCUUUGAGUUCUAUGCGAACAGCUUCUGGUCCUUCGUGUUGCACUACUCGUCGUAACUCCAUGACUCCGGUCCCUGCUACUCGAUGUCUCCCGCUGCUUAUGGCAAUUAUUCAUGCUCGAGAUGUUACAUCAAGACUUAUCAGAAAUAAUGCAAAUUGUGCAGAAAACUUCACUUGGAUUUCAGUUCCCAGAUACCUGUGGCAAUCCCAGAGCUCCAGACUAACCCUCUGUGCAGCUGACCGUAUUAUUGAAUAUGGUUAUGAGUAUAGUGGGUGUGGCCAGCCAGACUAUGUGGUAACACCUACCACAGAACGUGCUAUGCUUGCUGUCUUCACUGCUAGUGCAGCUCAUACUUCGCCUCUACUAAUUGGAAAGAAUGGUGGUGGUAAACAAAGUUUGGUGGAAGCUGCAGCACGCAUGGCUGGAAGAUUUACUACAACUUUCUCCCUGUCUGCUCUCACACCCUCUUCCACACUGACUUCAUUAUUGGCAGGUUCAUUGAUUGGAGGGUCGUGGUUAUUCCUCCGUGACUGUAAUCUGGCAACUCCUGCAAUUUUGGCCACACUUGCCUCAACUCUUCUUAGUAUAUACCAUGCCCACAGAUACACUUCAUCUUCGCCAGUCAUUCAGAUAGAUGGCCAAGAGGUGAACCUUAAUGCUUGGGCUAGUGUUAUUAUUUCUGUGUCAGCACCACUGCCCACACUCAGAGCAUCCUCUACUUAUUCACUUCCAUACUCCCUUGAGGCAACGAGUCGUCCUAUCUGGAUAUCAACUCCACCUGCUCAAGUUCUGGUUUUUGCCUGGCUGCAUGCUCUUGCAGUUCCCAAAGCACAGGAUGUGAGUGAGGCAAUUGGUGAGGUUGUCCGGCAAGUACUUGGCUCUCUAAGGAACCAAACAACUCUAGGGUUGCGACUCCAAAUGAGGAUGAUGCAUGAAGUUGUGCGUAUUCUGGCAGCAACACAAUACACUUCCUCUGCUUUAGAGGCUGCUGUGUUGGCAUUUAAGAGUGUAAUAGUACCACGUCUUCCUCAAGAUUUCCUUCCUGCCAUCUUCAGUGUGCUGAACCUACUUCAUCCCUCAGAGCCAGCUUCCCUGCCAAGUCCUCAUCAACUUGAAGGAACUGCCAGAAGUCAAGUACCAGAGACACUGCUGCAAAAGAUGGGACUCGGAGCAAUUCCACAACAGGUUACAGCAGUUGAAGACUUAGCCAGGGCACUGGGAGACUGGAGCUGUGUUGUGGUUGCUGGGCCACCACGUUCUGGCAAAACCAGUGUAAUCACAGCUGCAAUAAAGCUGUUCCAGCAGGAGCAUGGGUUGCGCACAUCACUCUCUCAUAAAUCCACAAGAGGUCAAGGACCUGACAAAUGCUUAACCCAUCGUUCACAACUAAACACACUUGAUAGAGAUGAUGCUUCAACUGAGGAAAUAGAUGGAGUCGACAUUGACAUACUGAACUCCAAUAGGCAGCUUGUUGAUCGACAAGUGUAUACAUUAAGACCUCAUAGCUACACCCACAGUAGACUGUUUGGCAGUGUAACUCAAAGUGGUCUUCUGCCUCGCCUCUUGAAUCAGCUAGCUCUCAGAUCCUCACACAGUUUUGUGGUGCUUGAAGGAGCAGGUGGCAGUGAGUGUUUACUUCGUCUGAGUGACCUACCAGGGACCUUAUUACUUGAUUCACUCACUCUGUUACCAAUCACCUCAAAUCUCACCUUUAUUGUUGAGGUCUGCAGUCUGGAUGAGUUACCUCAGUGGGUGUUGAGCCGAGCUGGUAUUGUCCAGGUUGAUCCACACACUUUAUCUCUCUCAGUUCUUUUACCUAAGCCAGACCUCAUACCAGCAACACCCACAAGUGAGGGUCAUAGUAGCAGCAUUACACCAAGAAGUAUGACCAAACCUAGCACUCCAGUGUCAAGAUAUGAAGAACCAUCACCCACAGUGAUUUUUCAAUACCUCUUGUAUCGACUACUUUACCCUGUUUUGCAGUUUAUUAAUGAGAAAUCAUGUGGCUCACAGCAAUAUGCUGUAGUGGAUAUUGUGGAGCAGAUAGAGAACUUAUCCAUGAGUGAGAGUCAGGAUAUCAACAUUCAUCGUGUAGCAGAAAAGGUGCAAGCAGUGAUACAGAUUAGUAGGUCUGUUAUUGACCCAGUACUCUUGCCAGAAAUUCAACAAACAUUUACUCGUUCUCUUGACGCUGUAGUUGCUGAUGGGGUUCUUGAUGCUUCCAUAUCAGAAGUGUUGCAGAGUUUAUCGUGUAGCAGUAUCAGCGUAUAUGAUCAACGGUGGGAUGUUGGGUCAUCCUCGUGGUGUUCAUGGCUGGAUGCUUCACCCAUCAGUGAUGCUGAUUCCUCCAACACAACAAGCAAACUGGGAGGUCAUGCAAUUCCUUCAGUAGAUUCACAAAGGCUAAACUGGCUGCUAAAGAAGGCUGUUAUAAUAGGUAGACCUCUUGUGGUUGUGGGACCUCCUGCUUGUGGCAAGACAACAGCUGCUCUGCUUGCAUUAAGCACACUUCCAGGCUGGGUAACAGUCAGACUGACAGUUGUGUCAGCCACAACACCACUGGAUUUGGAAGAAACAGUGUUGAGUCACCUUUCAAGAGCUGCCUAUGACACCUUUAUACCAUCAACACCUCUAGUUCUCUGCUUCGAUGAUAUUGGCAAUUUAUCAUGGGAUUCUCCAGCCUGGAGUUAUAUUCAGGGUCUAGCUCUCCACAAGGGUUUGUAUGAUACCAGAGAACGUGUGCGAUGGAUGAACUUCAGUCAUACGAAUGUUUUUUGUGUGGUGUGUACUCAAGAAGAGAGUGAGAGAGCAGGUGUGAAGGACUUUCAUGACUUCUUUGGCUGGUUUGUUUAUAACAUGAGUAUAGAUGAAAACACAUGUACAGCGCUCUCUCUGCUGUUUUUUAUGCCUAUUGCACCAUUACAAAGUCACAUCUACACUGCUUUGUUGAACACUACAAUGAUUCUGGCAGAGAACUUGAUUAAAUUAAUGAAGUGUCAAGAGGAACCAUUUGCCCCGGCCAAUAAACUCAUCAUUCUAUGGCACAUAGCUGCGAGUGUCAAAGCAACAUUUUCUUCAUUGUCAUUGUCUUCGACUUCUUCAUCCUCUGGAGUGUAUAUCUUCAAUACUUGGCUUCAUGCUGUCAGUUCACAAGUGUUGUUAUCAGUGUUUCUCCAACAAGGUGCAGGGUGUGUGUGGCAUGAAAUUAAGAAAAGUAUCAUUCAAGGAUGUAAUGGAAUAGUUAAUGUGCCAAAGGUGCCACCUGUGCCUGUCUGGCCCCCAGGCUGUAGUAGCUGCAAGUCUACACCUCAUGAUAAUCUUCCCAAAUAUCUAACAGAAACAAAAGCAUCAGAAGAAAUUACAAAGGUGCUGGUUUCAUAUGGUGUGAGUGAGUGUGUGUGUGGCCAUAGAGGUGUGGCUCUAGGGACGGCUCUGGUGGUAGAUGCAAUACAGUCCCUUGUUCAAACCCAUAUUUUGCCUUUUCUGCUCAUCGUGGGACCAUCAUCAGGAGAUAAGGAUACUGUUGUAUCACUGGCAGCCACAUAUCUAGGAUUAAGAAAAGUCUCAGGUGAUACUGAAAUGGAAGUGUUGCAAGUGUUGAAGUGUGAGGGUAGCAGAGGCAACACAAGUGAAGAGCUAUUGUCUUCACCUCACACUUUGGUUCACGUACCUGCUACAUUUCUUAAAUUUUCAGAUGUUCUGAAAGCAGUUUUGAAACUGGCAGCACAGGGUGAUGGUGGCCCUACAAGGUUAUGUGUAGUGACUGGGUCACAUGAGGAAGUGUGGCCUCUCUUCCGAGAACUAAGACCAGUGGCACAACGAGGUCGAGUUGUAUGUCUGCCCCAGCAUGAAGCUGAUCAGCAUGAGUCCUUUGUACAAACUCUUUUAAAGAAGAAUAAACUAUUACAAAAUCUUCAAAACCAGGACGAAAUUGCAAACUUUAUUACAUGGGUGCAUGAAUCAUAUUGUGCUGAUGAAAGAGUAAAUGGAGCCAAAGUUUCAGGAUGUGAGCAGCUCACAGCCAUCAAGCACUUGCCAGCAGUGUCGUCUUUGGUGAAAAUGGUAGCAGCUCUCGCAUACCUUCUCCAACAAAGGAAAAAUGAAGUCCAAUCCAAAUUGAGUGAGCUGCAAACAGCAUUAAGCCGUGUGGAAGAGCUGGAAAAACAUGUCCAAGGUCUUCGUGACUUACACGGGUCGUUGGAGGUUACACAAAAACAGGCUGUCACCAGUAUAGAUAAAAUCAAGGAAAACCUUAAAAACAGAGCAGCAGAUAUCUUAACCCAUGAAAGGGGUGUCAAUGAGUUGCAUAAAGAAGCAGUGGUUGUGGAGAAGGCUCAGGAGGAGCUGAGUGGAGAGGUUGCAGAAUAUGUAGAAGAGACCAAGGAGCCACUCUCUCAGAUCACUGAGGCUGUGGCACAUCUGGAUAUUCACCGCAUUCGCAAAUUGCUGUCGCGAUCUCCCAUUUCUGCUAUCCAAAUAAUAUUUGAAUGUGCUGUGGUCUUAUUGGGUUCAGCUGACAUGUCAUGGCGGGCAGUUCGUCAUGCAAUACAAGAUGAUAAUUUCUGCAGUAAACUGGCUGCUGUCUGUGUUCCUGGACUCAAACAAAAUGUUAUUGCUACAUUAUCAGAAAAGCUGGAGCAAAUCAAGAUGACAAGUGAGCACAUGUCUCGUGUGAGUGACAUAGGUGGAGUGUUGUUGCAGUACCUACGCACUGUUAUUUUCUUCUGGCACCGCUAUCAUGAAGAUGUACAACCACGCCAGGCACGAGUCCAGGCACUCACCGACCAGAAGAAAGAGCUGCAAGUUGAAAUGGCAACCAAGGAGCGGUUAGUGAGAGUGCACAAAGAAGAGGUUGCAGAUUUGAAGUCUCGCCUGAAAAAAGAAGAAGAACGACUGACAUCACUGAAGAAACAGAAUAUUUCUGUAGCAGAGGAGCUGGAAAGAAUCCUGGCCAUUAUCAGUGAACUGAAUCCACACUCGGAAAGGUGGAGAAAGGAAAUAGAGGAUCAACAAAUGGUUCUGCAGCAACUGAUGGGUGAGUGUUUGUUGGCAGCUGCCAGUCUGACCUACCUAACACACCUUCUACCUGACCUGCGUGACACCCUCACUCAGACAUGGCAAAAUGACCUUGUCAGUCGUGGAUUCUUGCAUCCUUCACAAGAUCCUAAUCAACAUGAACGAUUCAGAUUGGUAUCACAGGUUAUAGAUUUACAAGUGGAUGUUAAACAAGCAGUUGAUUACCAUAUCAACCACAACACACUCCUGCUGAUACAUGAUCCCCACUACCUUGUUGAAGAAUAUAAGAGUGGAGGCAUUUGGCUAAGACUGGAUAAAAGCACAUGGCAACAAGAGUUAAAAGAGCGACUAAGAGCAGCCCAAGAGUGUGUGAUAUACUUACGGACACAACAUUCUCCAGCUCAAGAGCUUGUCAAGUGUGUUACUAACCUCUUAAAAGGUAAUGAACACAAAAAUUUAAUAGUGUUAAUUAUAAUUGAGGAUGACUGCAUUUCAGCCCCGCCCAUCUGUUCCCAACAUACAUUCAUCAACAUGAUGCUUGACCAUAAGGGCAUUGUUCAUCAGUUAAUUGAAACAUUGAUAAAGUGGCAUGAUCCCAGAUUUGAAGAGGAAGUGCAUCAAGUUGUGCAGGCAGUGUUGGAGGCCUACACAGAAAAGAAAGGGAAAGAAGCAAUUUUAAUACAGGCCUUUGGCCAUGCCACUCAGCGAGUCAUAUUAUCACGUCAUCUACGAGAGGAUCUACUGGUGGAGGCCAUGAUGGAAUUAGUUAAGACAAUUUUUGGAAAUGCUGCUUUGAAAAUGAACCCUGGCAUGCUCUCAAAAGCAAUACUUCUUCAUUCAAGAAAGCAAAAAACAAGAUGGAGUGGGAUUAAUAAUAUUAUACAAGAACUUCGUCGUCGUGUGGUUAUGGCAGCGAGGAGAAGAACUUGGCUCAUAUUGUUGGACUGUGAGACAGCUCCUGAGAAGUUCUCUUAUGUUCAGUCUGCUCUCUUGACUCUGCCUUCAACAUUAACUACACCAACAGUUUUCUGUGUUGUUACACUCAAAAACCAGAGUUUAAUGAAGUGUCGGAAUGCUAUUGUUGCCCAGGUUGAGAAACCUGUCAGCCUUGCCUCAAGUCUCUCUGCCUACCUGCCUAUCGCCUAUACUCGACUACAAACACACAUGAAGGCAUCCCAUUUGUUAAGUGCUUACACCCAGGCAGCUGUUCUGACCACUGCCUAUAUCUAUGCUGUACUACAUGCGAGGGGAGAGCAAGGUGUCCAUGGUUGGAUGAGUUGUCCACCACUGACUGAGUCACUGCUUACCGAGUCCCUGGAGUUUGCACUUAUUUAUGCUUGCAAGUCUUAUAUGUCAUGGGAUGUACUUGCAAAUGUUCUUGCUAAGGUUGUAUAUGGUAGUGUGGUGAUGUCUCAGCUUGAUCAACAAAUCAUCAACAGAAUAUUUACAAAUCAUUUAAAUAAUCAAAUGUUCCGUAAUGUCUCUCAGAACUUAGGUAUUCAUCAACAAAUAAAUACUGAAUAUGGUGAAGAGCAUCAGCCAACUAGAGAUGAAGUACAGGCAUCAGAUGAUGCAAGACCCAUCUUGCUUCAUUCAUUUCCCAGUGGGGAUUUAACUCUUAAUCUACAGUUGCCUUCCCAUAAAGCUGUAGAAAAAUUAUGUGAACAGGUUGAAGAAAAAGAAGCAACACUGCUGGGAUUGAAUGCCACCCAUCAGCAGACACAACAAACUCAUCAGAUACUUUGUGCUAUGGAAGCAUUUACAGACACACCUUGUGUCCCCGUAGCAGCUUGGAGAGUAGUGACAAUGAUCGAUGUGCUUGAGUCUGCCCUGCAUGGCCAGGUGAGGGAGGUGGCAGCACAAGUCACUAGGGAGGAUGACUUGGAGACUGAAGCUUGGCAACAAGAAGCACAUAUAUGGGACAAAACUUAUGAUAAUGCCAAGAAUAAACUGAACCUGAUUAAGCAGGCUGUAAUGAAUGGAGCAGUUCAACCAGCACAAGCACUUCUGUUACUACUGGACCUUGUGCAAAGAUUUCUUUUACAUCCUUAUACUGCACUGGCUUCUGUACCUCACUGUGAGCAGGGCACUGAAAAGGCUGCCCAAAAAAAUAUGGUUAGUGUGUGGCUGGCAAAGACAGUAACUGCAGGUGUGCAGCAGCUCGCAGAGGAGUGGAGGAAAAGAUAUGCACACUUACUCACCUGGGGUGUGUUUGUUGAUGGCAUCAAGCUAGUAGGAGGCUGUUGGACAGGGAGCACAGCAGUACCUAUUAAGUACAACAUACAAAACUAUCCUAUUAUUCUCUCACUUUGUGUUUCUCACUCUGCACCACCUAUCCCUGUGGGACAUGAAUGGGUUCCAGUUCUGGAGGAAGCUACAUCAAACCAUCCACUCUUCCGUGCUUUAUUGCCGCUCCAAGAAACCUUCACUUCCUCCACACCUCUCUACCUCUUAAUCCACUAAUCACUUAGCCACAUAAAUGAAAUAGCUUGUAUUAAAUACCUGUAAUUAAAUCUCAUAAUAUUGCAUUGUAAAAACUAGGGUAUGCCAGUAUGCAAUACAUAAUAAAUAUAUACAGUAUUAGAGUACAUACUGUACAGUUUGCUGCACAUUCUGGCAGCUGAGACUUCUUGAAAUUGAGCACAGAAUUCCACUUCAGGUUAAGGCUUCCAUCCACCCAAAGGUAUAUUUGUCUUUCUUUUAACCCUUUCAGGAUCAAGACCCCUGAUCUCAAACUUGCUUUCAGGGUUGAAGAAUUUUAAAAAAAUAUAUAUACAGUAUAUAAAAUGAUAGAGAAUCUUUUUCUUUUUUUAGCCAGUUUCACAUAAUUAAAAAAUUGCCAAUUUAAAAAUAAGGUCCAAAAUAAACAAUGUAGACAUUCCUGGCACUAAAAAAACAUUUCAUCUGUUAGUUAUAUCCCCAGGCCUCUCCUAUAUUAUGCUUGCUUUCCAUUUUGAAUUUUUAUUCAUACAAAAAAUAGAAGAUUAACUGUUAUGGAAACUACUAUAUUAUUGUAAUAAUUGCAUAAAUAAUGUCAGUGCAUUUGUAGACACGUAUUAGACUGACCAGUUGGAUGCAUAUUGGAUGAGUGACUUAAUUUAUGUACGUACUCUAGAAUAUCGGCAAAAAAUCACAUUGAACAUUUCUGCUACUUUGAGCUCAAUUUAAAGCUACUUUCAAUCCUGAAACUAAUCAGAAUCAUCUCUUUUUCUGUGAUAUAUCUUCCUUUCUAUCAAAUAAGACCAAGAAACCGAGAAUACAACCAUAAAAACUAUACAAAAAUACACUGCAAAGUUAUUGUUUUAAACCAAAAACAUUGUCACAGUUUUUUCCCAUUAUGCAAUGCUUGCUGCAGGAUUUCUUUUUAUAUGGUGCACACUUACUGCAUAGACCUAUUCUGUCACUCAUAAGCUGUGAGCUUAUCUGAGUGAGCUGAGCUCGAGGUGUAGUACUGCAAGACCGAUCCCAUUAGUCUGUAGAAACCUGCACUGUGGUCUCAGUGGGACCCUUACUAACAUUCUUAUGGUAUAUAGAAACACAUCUAGUUGGAUGAAUCUGAUUUGGCCAACAUAGCGCAGUGUAUAACAGUGUGGCUCUUAGUUUUAAAGCUGGCUUUCCACGAGUUUGAGCCCUCCAUACAGCAAUUCAUUGGCAAUCACAUCAUUGUGAUUUUGCAAGCCAUUCUUUCCUCCUACAAAUGUGUAAUCACAACCAAUACUAUUUGAUAAACAUGUAAAUGCCAAUAUGAUUUUGUGAGCCAGUCCCUGGACCCAUUAUGUACCUCUGUAAUCCUUUGACUUCCACUCACAAGAUAGGUAUGGGGUGCAUAAAAGAUAUUAAACUAACUGAAGUAAAAGUUACAUCAGUGUAAAGUUGUGUGGAAAACAGUUGUUACCUUAAUAACAAU